AUGCAUCUCAAUGAGGGCCAGAUUGAUUGGUUGGAGCGAGGCGGAGGCAGCCUUCGAUCUUUGCCCUCGGGGCCUGAGGAGGACAAUAUGGUCGCAGAGACGCAGCUAUCCUGUCCACUCUCCAUCAACCAGAUGAUUGGACACACACAUGCGGAGCCACGCCCGCACCUGAUGGAACAAUCGCAGCGACUAAUGGAGAAGAUGAGGGCGAGACGGACCUGUGGUAAAGUGAAGGCUCUGUACGACGCCCAGGCUCCGAUGUGUCCGGUGUGUCAGGCUGUUCUCAGACCAGCAGAUCUGCAGGAGCACAUGCAGCAGGAACUCACCAAACUGGCACACACACAAAUCAGCGUGACCUCAGUGCAGCACAGCCACCUGAUGAGGACGCCCAAGUCUCUUUCCCUCUCUCUUCAUAUCAAGCGUGAAGCAGGGUCUCCCACCUCCCCCCCUCGAACAUCUGAGGACAUCCACUCUGACCGAUACCAGACGUUUCUCCGUGUGCGGGCCAACAGACACACCAGACUGAACGUCGAUGACCUCUGCUGGUGCAGGUGCUACGUCAAAUCCGCCCCAUUACGCCCCCACAGCGCAGGAGCCCACCUAGACUGCAUACGAGCCGUGAAGAUCGGGAAGCUGAAGAGGAGGAAACCAGAAGAUGGACAGGAGGGCUCAGCGGACUUGGUGCCGCUGCGGGACGAGUGGAACGAGAGGAGGAGGAUGCAGAUGUCGUCCUUAGUGGGAGGGUUCAAAGGAGCCGUGUUGGUGAGCUCGACCUCUAAAGAGUGUCAAAGAGACAGCGACGCAGACCUGGACGUGGACGGAGACGACACUCUGGAGUACGGCCGGGCGCAAUACACAGAGACAGAUGUGAUCCCCUGCUCAGGAGAAAGCUCCAAGGAGACAACCGUGAACAGAACAUUGCCUGACUCCAGACUAAGCCUUGAGUUCUCCAAAUGGUCGAAUGACGGGAGUCCGUGUACCAGCAGCGGAGAGAAAGUGGACGGCAUCAGUGCCGGGCUUCCUCAAACCUGCAAAAACUCUGAGAUUGAAAGGCUCUCGGAGGAUUCCACGCUGACAACUCUGAAUGCACUUAAAGUUCGGAUACGGGAUUUGGAGAAGCAGUUGUCUAAAGGAGACAGAUUUAAAUGCCUCAUCUGCAUGGACUCGUACAGCACCCCCCUCACCUCCAUCCAGUGCUGGCACGUGCACUGUGAGGAGUGCUGGCUGCGAACUCUGGGAGCGAAGAAGCUGUGUCCUCAGUGCAAUACCAUCACCUCACCUGGAGACCUGAGGAGGGUCUUCCUGUGACGCAGCCAAUCAGAGAAGACUUCCUCAGUUUCAACCAAUCAGGGGCGGACUGUGGGCAGCUGGCCUGUCAAAGACCCUCAACCCUCCUCCUCCUCCUCUUCUUCCUCUUCCUCUUCGUCAGUGCACUCCUUCCACUAACCCCUGACAAUUUGAAGGACAGACGGUGUGACCUUUGACCUUUUCAGCCCUGUACGAUGUCCACGUUCCUGCUGCAGCUUCAACACACAGAAGAAAACCACAAGAUACAUAGGAAACGCUUUGGGACAAUAUUUAUCAAUUUUAUAAUCCUUUUUUUGUUUGAGAAAGAGAUAAAUAACAUGCAAUGCACAUGUACAUAGUUUUGUGUAUUUUGGGAUCAGUGUGUGUGUGUGUGUGUGUGUGUGUGUGUGUGUGUGUGUGUGUGUGUGUGUGUGUGUGUGUGUGUGUGUGUGUGUGUGUGUGUGUGUGUGUGUGGUGUGUGUGUGUGUGGUGUGUGUGUGUGUGUGUGUGUGUGUGUGUGUGUGUGUGUGUGUGUGUGUGUGUGUGUGUGUGUGUGUGUCGUUGACUAGCAGAACAACCCGGCUGUAUUUACUGUACAGAGUUUGUCUUCACUUUAAAGAUAAUUUUUUAUUCGUUUAGCUCCUGUAGGAAAUAUUUACAGUAAUCUCAUUCACGCUCAUGUUGUCUUGUUGUGUUUCUUUGUAUAGGGUCAUUCAAUCUAAUUUUAUCAAUGUUACUACAAUAAAACGUGUGUCUACAAAGUUUCACAA